UAGGGUAUGGAUGAUAAGUUGAAACUUAUAGAGGCGGAACAGGUAAAGAAAUUUGCUUUCUUUGGUGUUUCCGUUUCAACUGUCGCCACCCUCACCGCAAUAGUAGCGAUUCCGAUGCUCUGUAUGUACAUGCAAAAUGUGCAAUCUGGCUUACAAGAUGAGAUAAAUUUUUGCCGAACGCGAGCUGUAUCAUUACGAGGAGAAUAUGUAAAACUUGAAUCCGACGCAAAAAUUGAAACGCGAGAGAAAAGACAGACAUACCAGUGCUGCUCUUGUGGAAUGGGACCAGCAGGGCCUGUAGGAAAUCCUGGACAAGAUGGAGCACCUGGAAACGAUGGACGACCUGGAGCACCUGGAGCACCAGGGCCAGACGCGCCGGCUGACUUCGUUCCGCCAAGGCCAGAGGACUUCUGCUUCGAAUGCCCGCCAGGGCCUAUGGGUGCACCAGGACAACCAGGACCGAAGGGACCGCCAGGAACACCUGGAGCACCCGGAGAACAAGGGCCACAUGGAAGACCUGGAGCUCCAGGAGCUCCCGGCCCUCAGGGUCCUGUUGGAGAGCCGGGCAACGACGGUAUUCCUGGAAAACCUGGUGCUCCUGGACAAAUACGCACUGUGCCUUCACCACCUGGACCACCUGGAUUACCAGGCGAACAAGGACCGCCAGGUCCUCCUGGAGAAGAUGGGCGUCCGGGAAGUCCCGGACAACCCGGACCCCCAGGACCUCAAGGAGAUCCAGGACAAGAUGGAGCUCCUGGCAAUCCCGGAGCACCUGGUGAACCAGGGCCACCAGGACAGGAUGGAGCCAAAGGUGGAUGCGAUCAUUGUCCGAUUCCUCGAACUGCCCCAGGAUACUAAUAUUAAUGUGUACAUAAUAACUGCCUCAAUUUGUUUUGUUUUGAUGUGGCCGAUUGCAAUAAAGUUUUAUUUCC